GGUACCUUCACCCAAAACUAGACUGGUAGCCUAGGUAAGGUCUGAAAGGCUGCUUUUCGACACUUUCACAUACAAAGCACAGUGCAGCCGCCUUCGCUUCACAAGUAAGAUGCUCAUCUUGUGGUAGGUCUGUAGCUUGUAUGCUGAUGCAUAUGUCUCCGCUGGAUUCAUCCAAUCUGAGCAGAAGCCAACUGCAACACCCCCAUUGCAGGCACACAAAAGAAAAGUGUAAUUGACAGAUGUUUUUCACUCUGCUUUUCGGAAAAGUGGAGGGUGGAAAUCGGACUGUUGAGGCUUGGGUUUAACACUUUUUGGCAGAUUAGGCAGAGACUCGGAGUUCUGGCUAGAUGUAUAUGGGAUAGCCUGUAGAGAAUCACCAGAGAAUGGAACGAGCGCUGACGGAUUGUUAAAUCCUCGGUCCACUUAUGUUUCCCACGGGAUCCAGCCUAUUCGCCGCAGAACGCCCUUUCACCUUGGAAGGAGAGUGCAGCCUGCCAUCCCAUGCCUUCCCCAACCCAAGGCCCCUAUGAGAGUGGCCUUUAAAGAGGAGGGGAUUUGAUCAAACAAUCCAGCUCUGUAAGCCAGGAUGGAGAGUGGACCGGGAGAGGGAGUGGGGUCGGGCUCCAGCCAGGCUGUGGAGGCUGAGCCCCCCAACCAGCGGACGACUUCUUCAGUUGGGAGAGGAAGGAAUGCAGGGCUGGGCUCCUGCAAGCACAACGGUCUGAUCAACACCCGCAGCUUGAUGGUGGAGACUAAGGAAGGGCUGGUGUCAGUGUACUCGCCCCCCCAGUACCAGGGUCACAUGGUGGUCAACCUGUCCCCCCAGCAGGAGCAGAAUGGUCAGGGGGUCGGUGGAGGAGGGGGACCCCCACAGCUGCUCAACCCCAGCGCUCUGCCCCAGGGCAUGGACCCCCGCUUCAAGCCCAACCUGAUCCUGUACUCUGAGAACAUGCUGCGGGCCUGCGGGGAUGGAGUCGGGGAUUGCUGUGAGACCACCUUCAUAGAGGACUUGGCAUCCGGCUCCUCUGCCGCCUCCAAGGAUGGGCUGAUGUUUGCCGAUGGCAAGUUCCUGGAACUUGCUGUGGAGGAUGCAAAGAUCCAGACCCUGUCUUAUGACAUUGAUGACGAUGAUGAGUUCCAGGAGCUGGAGAGCGAGUACUCGAGCGACUCGGAGAGUGAGGACAACUUCCUCAUGAUGCCACCGAGGGACCACUUGGGCCUGAGCGUCUUCUCCAUGCUGUGCUGCUUCUGGCCCCUGGGGAUCGCUGCCUUCUACCUGUCCCAUGAGACGAACAAGGCGGUGUUUAAGGGGGACUUCCACUUGGCCAGCUCCAGCUCCAGACGUGCCCUCUUCCUGGCUGUGCUGUCAAUCACCAUCGGGACAGGCAUAUAUGUGGGCCUGGCUGUAGCGCUCAUUGCAUACCUCUCCAAGAACCACCACUUGUAGCCUUGCCCUGGCCCCACCCCCCUGCACUACUGGACUGAUUGUGCUGGGGGAGUGGUUCACUUGGGGGCAAUUUAACAAUGGAAUGUAGGCCUGCAAACGAUGGACAGACUAUCAAGAUGGACAGAAGCUGGCUAUAUGGUUGACUCAAUUCGUGGGAUGUAAUAUAAGAGGGUCAUGAUAUGGAAAAUAGUCUUGUAACGGUCAAGUCAUUCUCUCAUUUUGACAAAGAGAAACUGGAAACUCUCUUAGUCGUUCCAUACACAACUGAAUAUUUUCUUCUUCAGAUGUUUAAAAUUGGUGUGUGAGUUUUACCAAGGCAAGACACAGCCUUUGAGAGGUCAGACCAACAUGUACUAAAUAUUACCUGUACCAAGGGCAUACUGUUCGUUUAUGGGGCAUGCUCUCUGCUCGGUUAACAGUGAGUUGUGGAGUGGGCUGCUUUUUGUCCAGCUAUAUUUACCACACUAUCAGUCACAUUUGGCAGCUCCUGUCGAGUAUAAAGAGGGUGGAUAAAAGUGCUUUUAAAGCUGUCACUUAUCCAUACAUUCAACCUGUAUACAUUUAUUCUACAUCACAUUGGAUUAAACUGUGGAGGUCGCAUAGUGGACACUACAGCUCAAUUAUAAAGUAAGGGGAUGGUCUAUAUACAUUAAAGUGCCACUGCAUUCUAAUACAGUAUCUUGGUGGUCCUAUUAUCUCAAGGGAGAACUGAUGUGUCCUUACGGCACAAUAUUUUUAACACAUGCCACACACCGGAAAUGUGGAGCUUUGUUGUAACCCUACGACAACAUGCUUUUGUGUUUCGUCAGGGAGAUAAAGUGCACAGGCUGCAGCUCCUUGACAGAACCUGCUUACACAGAGAUACCUCCAUGUUGAUAGGCACAAAUCACCAAGGAAGAGAAAGCAGACAAGUCUUUGGAGGCAGAAGCCAUGCUGUAAAUACCUCGAUACUCCCGUGUAGCUCAGUUGGAAGAGCAUGGCGCUUGCAACGCCAGGGUUGUGGGUUCGAUUCCCACGGGGGGCCAGUAUGAAAAAUGUAUGCACUCACUAACUGUAAGUCGCUCUGGGUAAGAUGUUUUAAAAAAUGAUACAUGCCUAACUGCAAUACUUUUUUUGCAAUACUAUUUAUUUUCCAGUUGUAUACUGCUACUAUGUAUGGGCGGCACGUAGCCUAGCGGUUAAGAGCAUUGGGCCAGUAACCAAAAAGGUUGCUGGUUUGAAUCCCUGAGACGACUAGGUGAAAAAUCUGUCUAUGUGCCCUUGAGCAAGGCACUUAACCCUAAUUGCUCCAGGGUCACCAUAAAAAAUGGCUGAUCUCUGGCUGUGACCCCACUCUCCGAGGGUGUCUCAGGGUGAGUGGGUUAUGCAAAAAAUUGAUUUCAAAUUCACACGUAUGUAUAAUACACACUUGUACAUGUGUGAAAUAGGACAAAUGUAAGCACCCAUCUAAUUAUUAUUAUGUCAAAACUGUCAAUGGUUUGGAAACUCAUUGGAGUCAGUGUUUGACAUUAACAGUGUUUGACAUUAAAGUGCUUGCAAAUUAAAUGUAGUAUUUCCAUUAAAAACAUGUCUGAUGUGCCUGUGGUUUCACAGUCUGAAUUUGGGUUAGUUCGGGUGCAACUUUCUUAAAAUGAUUGUUUUUUUUCUUAAUACACACAGUAUUACCACAUGAAGUAAUGUGGUCAAUGUCUUGCAGGUUAGGCUAUUUUGUUGCAUAUAUUGUACAGUAUAAAAUACAUUUUUUUAAAUACUAUGUGCAAUGUAAAGGGUUCUAACAAACAAAAAUAUUACUUGAACACA